AGAUGCAAAAUUAAUCCAAAACAAUGUAAAACAAAAGCACCGAUUCAAUCAACUAAUUAAACUUACAAGUCAGAAACCUAUAAUUAGAGCUGCUGCACGGCAUAAACACGUCAUUUGCAAAGCCCAAAGUGAACCAAUAACAUGGCGUUAAAUGCAGUCUACUGCCUAACUGUGGUGCUUCUUUUCUCUUCAACUCAAGCCACCGUUACCAUCAUCAUCGACGACGAUCUUCGCGAGUGUGGCACGGGUGCACCGCUUCCCAAAGUUGACAUCUCGCAUAUGCAAAUUAUAACCGAGGACGAUGGAUCGCUGACGGUGAAUGGAACCAUUUACUACAAUGAAGACUACGGGAGUCCUACAAGGUGGCGAAUGAACACGAAACGGUUGGAACGAGGACAAUGGGUUCCAGGUAUAAUGAGUCGCGAAGUUCUGGACCUGUGCCCGGCACUACUGCAGCCCAGCGAAAUCUGGUAUCCAGUGACGAGCAAGCUGCGCAAGGCUGAUUGUCCGUUCAAAAAAGGGUACGAAGAACACAUGGACAUGAUCAAUAUCGGCAAUCCAGGAGAGCUAUUCAACAUCCCACCGAAUUUUGUCGGUGAGUGGCAAGUGUACCACGAAAUCAUUACCACUCGCCGGGGGCUACCGGCGAAGGAGUGCUUUAUGACUCCGGUUAGUAUCACGGAGGUGUGA